CCAAGACACCCCGCCUACAGGAGCAAUAAUGUGUCACUCCUCUCCCCAGAGCCCAGCCCCGCUGCCAGGAACGGGGAGCUGACACAAAAACUGGGGAGGCCUGGGGCUUGGAGGCCCAGGCUGAGCCCAGGCGGAUCUCAGGCAGACACAGACAGAACCCACAGCAGUUCCAGGAGCCCAGAUACCAGGAGCCUGAGAGAAGGCCCAGAAGCUUCUUGCAGCCAUGUCGGCCCUCAUCCUGCUCCUUGCGGUCCUGUUCAGCGCAAUGCCGCCCGCCAGCUGUCAACAAGGCCUGGGGAACCUGCAGCCCUGGAUGCAGGGCCUCCUCGCCGUGGCUGUGUUCCUGGUGCUCGUGGCGAUCGCCUUUGCCGUCAACCGCUUCUGGUGCCAGGAAGAGCCGGAGCCCGUGAACAUGGUCAUGACCGUUGGAAACAAGGCAGAGGGAAUCUCGGUAGGAACCGACGGAAGGUACUCCUCGAUGGUGGCCGGUGUCAGAUCCAGGGAGCACGAGAAUGCCUAUGAGAAUGUUCCCGAGGAGGAGGGCAAGGUCCGAAGCACCCCCAUGUGACCCCCGCCUGCCUGUGGCCCCCAGCCCUGACCCCAGGUGCCUGCGAUGGCUGCUCAGCUCCCCACCCAAGCCGCUCCUUCUCUGUGCGGGAACCUACAGUAAGGGGCCGACUCUUCCAACCCCACACUGCCCACCUUCUCUUGAACUGUCACCAGCCAAAGUCAGAGCUGUGUCCAGGUUGGGGCUUAGCUGUGGCCCUAGGGUUUUGUGGCAAGUCUCCCACCCAAUUCAAUUCAGCAGACCCUUCCAAAGAGGACAGUCAGCUCAUCACCUCCCACCCUGCUUCACAUCCUCUCCCUCUAACCAUGGAAAUGGUUCUCAUUUCUGUGAAAUAAAGAUGUUUUGUAUUUCCAA